AUGUCGAGGCAGUAUCAAGUCGGCAUCAUUGGCUACGGCCUCUCUGCCAAGAUUUUCCAAAUUCCAUACAUCCAGUCGACUCCGGGAUUCGAGCUUCGCGCUAUCGUGCAGCGCUCCGGCAACGAGGCGCGAGAGCAGCACCCGGAAGCUACCAUAUACAGCUCGCCGGCAGAGAUCCUGGCAGAUGAGAGAGUCGACAUAGUUGUCGUCUCUACGCCUCCGGCCACACACUUUGAGUUGGUGGCGGCGGCUCUCAAGGCCAGCAAGCACGUGGUUGUCGAGAAGCCAUUCUGUCCCUCCAGCACAGAAUGUGACUGUUUGAUCGCCCUCGCCAAGGACAAGGGGAAAAUCUUGACCGUCUUCCAAAAUCGUCGUUGGGACGCCGACUUUGUCACCCUCAAGAGAAUUUUGGCCGAAAAUCAGCUUGGCCGUGUUGUCGAAUUCGAAUCACACUUUGACCGCUACGAUCCAGUUGUCCCGCCUCGCGACUUGGUAGACAGCCCUGGCUCUGGCGUCAUUUACGACCUCGGCACUCACCUCUUCGAUCAAAUAUUGGACAUCUAUGGUCCGCCUACAGGAGUCACGGGUUUUCUUGGCAGGCAGCGAGAGAGAUCUGACUCCGGAGGGCCAUUUGAUGCAUGCUCGGUAUUGCUGCAUUAUGGCUCAGGCCUUCUUGCGACCGUAAAGGCCAGUCCUAUGACCUGCGAUGAGGUUCAGCUGCGGUUUUGGGUCCGAGGAAGCAAGGGAAGUUACAAGAAAUACCAUUUCGACCCACAAGAGCCUCAGUUGGUCAGUGGUAUCAAGCCAGGAGAUCCCUCCUUCGGCGUAGAGCAGACAACUCAAGCCGGAGUACUCACGGUCGAGCAAGAUGGAAAACUUCAGGCGUUUACACUGGAGAAUGACCCGCCGCCAACCUACGGCGCGUUCUACACCAUCCUCCUAGGGGCCUUGGAGGGCAAGAACCCAGUGCCAGUCGAUGCACGGGAGGCGCGUAAUGUCAUACGAUUAGUCGAGCUUGCCCGAGAGAGCUCGGAAACAGGCAAGACUAUCAGCAUCGACUCGAACCAAUUUCUGAAAACCUGA